AUGAACAUCAUUAAACUCCUCUCCAGCUUCCAACGGCUCCGGCCUCAUACUCGCAGUUACCUUCUUCGACUGCCAGUCGAAAUAUUGCUCGAAAUACUCAAUCUCCUCCCUCCACACUGCCUGCUAGUCAUCUACCAAACCUGUCGACCGCUACGCGCUAUUACUCAUCAGUACUUUCUUUCUGGGAGGGGGGAGAUACUGGCUACGCUCGAAGAUAAACUACGCUAUCUAACCUGCCUCGCCAGAUCUCUCCCUGAUUAUUGGGUUUGCGCCAGAUGCUGCAAACUUCAUAAAAUUGUCUGGCGUGAUGUGCCAGCAACCCACCUAUAUAACCCGGAGUGCGAAUACGGCUCCGAUUUGUGGCGCGAUCCAGAAGACAUUCAGAUUCGUAAUUCGUUCGCCCUCAAUAUGCCAGCGCAUAGGCACGUCCAACUCACCCUUAAAUAUACUCGAUUGAGGACAAUCAAAUGGAGACAACGGAGACGUCUUCAGAGGCUUCUCGAACCACAUUACUUCCCGGAUAAAGAGAGGUUUUAUAACCACAAAGAAGAAGGCAUCUUAGAACAAUCCUCGUUUUAUCCCAAGGUCAUAGAUGGAAGAUAUGUACAUUUAUCUGUCCAGACUUACCUUGGGGCUCAAAAUACGAUAUCACGACAGUUUCUAAGACGGGAACGUAUAUGCCAUCAUAUACGUGAUUAUAAGACGAAUCUCACAAUGGCUUUCGACAUGGCAUUCUCAGCAAAAGACUCUCAACUUUUCUUUUCCUGUAGUUCUUGUGGAACAGAUUUCUCUAUACAAGCUUCGCCGGAGCUUGUGAUUAUAUGCACAUGGCAAGACUUGGGGCCAGAGGGAACAGUAUUUGAUCCAGAAUGGGAGUCGAUGUUUUGCGAUCUCACAAGAGUCAGUCACCAGCCUGGAAACGCUCGGAAACUAUAUGACCAGCUUGAGAACAACGAAGAUUAUUUGGUAUUGUAA